AAGACUCAAAGCAAAAUGAUUUUGUCUCAAUUGUCAAGAGCACAAGAGCGAAAAACAGUUGAAAAUUACUUGGAUUUUUAGUGCACAAAGUGUCGUUGUUGUGAACGUAUCGUGGUUGUGUUGAAUUUUUUUAAUUUUAGUGCCGGUUUGUAGGGUGAGUUUCUGUGUGUGUUAUAAAAAACAGAAAUUUAUUUAAAGUAGAACACACAAAGCCAAAAUGGUAAACAUUUCCAAAUGUGAGAUUUGGAAUUAUUUCGAUAAUAUUGUUGAAGAGGGCAUAGCAGUGUGUAAACUAUGCAAACAGCGUUUAAAAAAUGAACGCGGUUGGAUUUUGAGAAGACACUUGAAGGAUCUGCACAAUGCCAAAAGUGAAAUAUGGAAUUAUUUUGAUAACAUUGUGGGUGAGGGAGUGGCAGUGUGCAAAAAAUGUAAGCAGCGUGUACAGAACAAUCGUAGUUCUAAUUUAACACAGCACAUGAAAUCAGCUCAUAAUAUAGUCGUAAGCGAUAUCAUUGAAGAGUCUAAAAGAUCUAGGACUAGAGCUAGUAGACCAAGAGGAAAGAGUACAGCUGUCUAUAUUAGUGAUGAGGAAUCGAAAGAAUCCAGUCAUGGUCAAGUAUCUCCUGUCAUGGAGGAAACAAUUCCUACAGCUAUUGUUAUACCUAAGGCAAGUGUUUCACCUACACCAGUAGUGAGUGUUGCACCCAGGAGAAGUGUUACUCCCAAUCAUUUGGCUACUACCAGGGUUACACCAUCCCCAACGAUGAGUGUUAACCCCACAGUUAAUAACUAUGACUUAAUGCCUAAGUUAACACCCAUAGUAUUUCCAAAAAAGCCAAACACUUUGAUUGCAUCUAAACGUAUAGCUACCGAUGAACACUCAUUCAGCGCUAAGCGAUCGAAAAACCUUUUAGCUAUAGACAUGAAUGAGAAAACUCUAAUGUCAGCUAUAUGGGGUCUUUUAACUGAAGAUGGUGUUUCUCCCACACUAUUUGGUUCGAAAAACAUGCAGGCCCUAAUACGGCCCAUUUGUCAAGCCCUACUGCAACAGGAACGUAAAGAAAUUAAGAUAGAUGAAGCUGAAAGUGAAAAAUUAAUAUGUUUAGUUGCCAAUCAUUUACGCAAUAGGUUUUCCAAUGAAUUCGAGUCUCGUUUGCUUUCUCUAAAAAUUGAUAUGGAUCUCAACGGUCCGGAAAAUACGUUUUGUGUUAGUACCGCAUUUGUGGAUUGUGGUCAGUUACAAACACGUCUUCUAGGCAUAAUAGAUCUUAAGAAUGAUUCUCAUCUAAGCGAACAGCAUAUUAAGCAAAUUUUACACAAAUUUAAUAUCGAUUCAAAUCAAGUUAUAAGCAUUUGUUGGGACAACUCCAAAGCCAAUUACAAUAAGCCAGUGAAGAAUACUGAGUAUUUAGAGGAAAUAGCCGAGUUUGAGCAGUAUCCAGAUGUACAAUUUUGCGAUAUUAAGCUUGAGCCUUAUGUAGGUGACAUAGCCCAGCUGUGCAUAUUGGAUAUUUUAAAAAAUUCCUCUAUAUUGGAAAAGUUUUUGGAGUGCCGCAAUUUCGUCAAGUAUCUUAACGACACAACAAAUGGUUGUUAUGAAAUAUUUGAACAAAAUAAUCUAAAAAUACCCCAAUUAGAUUCUCCCUAUAAAUGGGGUUCUACUUACGAAAUGAUACAUGAUUUACACCUAGCCCGUAAUGUGCUAAGCCAUUUAACAUAUCCAAAAUUGGAACAUCCCGAAGAUCAGUUUAAUGUGAACGAACAGCUGUGGCUAUUUAUAAAGGGCUUCUGUGAAUCGUUGAGUUUAAUGCAAAAAUCCAUAAUUAAAUUUAACACUGCCGAUAUGCACUUUGGCGAUUUCUAUGCUCAGUGGUUGAAGACCAAACUGUUAACCGCAAAUCUAGCAUCGGCCAAUGGUAACUUUGAAAAUGCUUACACAACUGCUCUUUCCACACAAUUGUUGAACAUUAUUGAGGCUAGAACGAAAGAACUCUUGGAUAAAGAUUGUUUCGAUGCUUGUUUGUAUUUGGAUCCACGCUUUCAUCAUACCUUAAGUGUGGAAAAAAAAGCAAAAGCUUUAAACUAUUUGAAAGAAAUAUGGAGUCGUUCUAAUGUCUAUAAAGUUGAUGUUAUAAAUGCAGCUAUGGAGGAUAAUAUGGCGCCAAAGCGUUUAAUUGACGAUGAAGACGCUUUUCUGAAUGAAUUCUUAAGUCAUGACGCACCAAAACUUGAUAUUAAAACUACCGAUAUUCACAAGGAAAUUGAGGGCUUGAAAUUGCCAUUCAAAUCUGUCGAUACGAAUAUUUUGGCCUAUUGGAAUAAGCUGAAAUUAAGAAAUCCUGAUAUGUAUGCCUUGAGUGCCAUUUGUUUUGCUAUACCAGCUACACAGAACUAUAAUCUACAACGUUAUGCACAUAUUUAUCAAACUCAGAAUAUUGAAAAUUUGUCAACAUUUACCAGAGAUAAUAUUAUAAGCAUUCGUUUAAAUUCUCAUUUACUAAAAGGAAAUCUUGAAAAAUUCGGAAUAUAUGAUGAAAUAAUAUCAUGCGAAGACGAACAAUCGGAAGAUGUUCAAAUAGUCGAGAGUAAUGAAGAGUCUAAUACAAGUUUUUAUUAGCAGUGAAAUGCUACUACAAAAAUCUAAUAUUAAUAUAAAAUUACAUUAGUAUUUAAUGAAUUCACUGAAUAUUUUUUUAUUUACUUAUUUUAAAAAUGGAUAUUUAAAUAUUUUUUUAUGUUUCAAAUAAAUUUUAUUAUUU